AUGCUGGGCAAUAUGAACUUGACUCGGAUAUUUUCCAAGGGUUACGUCACCAAUUGGUUCACCGCGGACACUAUUAUACCGGUUGUAGGACUUCCCAUCUUAGCCUAUGGCAUUUACAGAAUCGUAGUUAGGAGGACUAUGGGUUCAGUGAGAUUUGUUUCCCCUAAUUCACCGCCAUCAUGGAAUUGGUCUUCUAAAGAUAUUAUCGAGAGAGCAAACAAAAUAGUUGAGGAUGCCGUCAAGUUUUAUGAUUCACUUGCAGAAUUGGAAGACCCUUCCAUUAACAAUCUCGUGAGACCGUUCAUGCAACACGAAAAUAGAAUGCAGUUAGAGACUGGUCAGCUUACCUUCUUUCAACAUGUCUCCGAAGAUGAGGGUGUGAGAGCUGCAUCAGUAGAAGUUACAGAAGUACUGCAGAAUCUACAAAUUGAUCUUUUUCUGAGACAUGAUUUGUAUGUUAAAUUUGAUACAGUAUGGAAACAAAUAAAGGAUAACAAAUAUGAAAAAGGUACUGAAGGCUUUGAAGUCUUUAGGUACGUGGAAAAAUGUAUCAAGGACUUCCUGCGAGCAGGUCUAGAUUUAUCAAAGGAAAAACGAGAGGAGGUGAAGAAGUUACGGAAAUUGAUAUCUUUCAAAUCACUUAAAUUUUCCGAAAACAUGGGUAAACAAAAUGAGUAUAUUGCAUUUAGUAAAGAAGAAUUAGAAGGUGUCUCUCAAUCGGUUCUAGAACAGUUUGAAACUUUUUGGGAUGAGAGAACCAAGACAGAAAAGUAUAAGGUCACCUUCAAGUAUCCUGAUAUUUUUCCUGUUAUGAAAACAGCUAAGAGAACGGAGACCAGGCGAAAGGCUUUCGUUGCAGAUCAGAAUAAGACUCCUGAAAAUGAGGAAAUUCUUUUGGAGACUUUGACGCUCAGAGAAAAGUUAGCGGAGUUAUUAGGAUAUGCUACUUACGCCGGCUAUAAUUUAGAUAACAAGAUGGCCAAGAAAGAAGAGGUAGUUUUUGACUUUUUGAAGGACCUUAAAGAUAGAUUGUUGCCCUUAGCAAAAAAGGAGCUCAAACAUCUAAAAGCAAUGAAAAAAAAAGAAUGUGAAGAAUUAUCAAUUCCUUUUGAUGGCGAAUAUUACUCCUGGGAUCACCGCUAUUACGAUAACACGUUAAUGAAAGAGAAAUACAACGUAGACUUUGAGAAAAUAUCAGAGUAUUUCCCCAUUGAAUCAUCUAUUAGUGGAAUGUUAAACAUUUAUGAAAAACUUUUCAACUUAAAGUUCAUUGAGCAGACUAAAACGAUUGUGAAAAACAUUUGGAAUGACGAUGUAAAACUGCUGGCAGUUUAUGAAAUGGAAGAUUCAGCAUCGUCAAAAUUUCUUGGUUGGAUUUAUUUUGAUCUACAUCCUAGAGAAGGUAAAUUUGGACACGCAGCAAAUUUCUCUCUGGCACCUUCGUUCAUUGAUGAGGAGGGCAGAAGGUCGUAUCCUGUAACAGCCCUCGUUUGUAAUUUUUCAAAACCGUCUUCUAAAAAACCAUCAUUACUUAAACAUGAUGAAUUGAACACCUUCUUUCACGAAUUGGGUCAUGGAAUUCAUCACUUAGUCGGUAAGAAUAUGGCUGCUCGAAUGAACGGUCCUAGUUCCGUGCCAUGGGAUUUUGUUUAA